CGAGAGCUGUGUUGUGUUGUACCUGAAGCAUGGUGUGCAGACUGCACGGUUUGUGCCAGUAUCAGAGUCAAUUUGGUCAAUCGUGGAGACUACUUUCCUUCAGAUGUUUACCUAAAGCUUCCACCUGCCUCUAGUUUGUUCUGCCUGAGACCUAGAAUUUCACGCUUGACCACAUACGGAUUGUACUGUUGGACAAGUAGUUGUACCUAGUCAUUGUAACCUAGUUUAUAUAUUUUUAUUUUUUUAAUAUUUACUUACUUAUUUUUGAUAAGAGAACGGCAGAGGGGCAGAGAGAGAGAGAGGGAGAGGGAGAGAGAGAGAAUUCCAAGCAGUCUCCAGGCUCCGUGCCAUCAGCGCAGAGCCCUGCGCGGGGCUCGAACUCACAAACCGUGAGAUCAUGACCUGAGCUGAAACCAAGAGUUGGAUGCCUAACCAAAUGAGCCACCCAGGUGCCCCCAUAUUGUAACCUCAUUUCCAUUUAAGCUUAAUCUUGCUUGUGUGUGAAGCUUGCUUGAUAUGCAUGAAACAUUCCCCUUUUCAAAUGCUCAUCUUCCAAAGUGCAUCUUUGCAAAGUUGCUUAAACAUGUGAGGGCUUAUUUUUCUCACACGACAGGAAUAACAGCGUGGAUGUUUGCUGCGGCUGGGUCAGGGGUUUGAGGCUUUCAGGGCUGUGGUUGCUGAUAUUCUCUCAGCCUGCUCUUCAUGGUCCCAGCAUGGCUACUAUAACUCUAGCCGUCCUGUUGGACUUCCAGGCAGAAAAGUGCGUUCUUUGUUUAUUUAAAACAAAAACAAAAAAAGGACAAAAUGGCGUACCUCCCCCUGAAUCAGGUUCCUUUAGAGAACUUGCCCAGAUACCCCACAGUAUAAUAUACUGUUAUUGACUGUUCCUCUUCAGUGGAGGCUGAAAAAAAAAGCUUUUAGAGGGGCAUAUUUCUGCCACCAACAAUGUAGGGGUUCGCUUGGUAAAGAAGGAAGGGAGGGUGGAUGUUGGAAAGCAACCGGCCAUCUCUAUCAGAGCCAUAGAUGAAGUCCUUACGUACCAGGUCUGUUGCUGACUUUCAGCUCACUGAUCUGUGUCUGUUCUGGUACCAGCACCCGACUGUUCUGAUGAUUGUAACAUUAUAAUCCGCGUGAACAUCUGAAGAGGCUGGUUCUUACUUUUGCAUUCUGUACCGUUGGCAUGUAAGUUUGCUUAGGUGGUUUUUCACUAAAGUCUUCGACUUCUUUAUUACAUUAAUCCAAAAUCUAAACCUUCGUAUUGAGGGACCUGUUAUCUUCAUUAAAACCAUUGCUAGAAUACAUCCUUGUAGCAGAUGCCAACUGGAGAGCUUCCUGGAGUAAUUUCUAGAUUUGACUUUCUGGGGACACUUUCCACGAAAUCCUGCUUUGAAAAUUCCUAUUUGGGCAGAAGUUUUUCGAGCACUGCUGAUUGUAUUUGUUCCACCUGUUUAUCUUAAUUUUAAAUUCCUGGGCCUUAACUUUGUGGCAUCUAUAGGCACACAAGCUCUCAGGGCAGUAUGUACAUUGUAAACCGAGAACACAGAUCUUAUGGAAUGGUAGAGUCAGGCCAGAGUAGCUGGCCUUGAAUUUUUUAGUGGAAGUAGAGAAGUGUACUGAAGUCUCCAGCUCAGCCCACCACCGCAUCAACACAACCCAGCAAACAAAGGCGCUCUUCUGAAGAUGUAAAAUUGAGUGUGUCCAAUCCAUUCGUAGACAGUGUGGCCUGGCCUUAAGCCAUCCCUGCCAUCCAUAUUCUUCAUUCACAUCUGUUUAUCCCCACGCUGCCUCUGUGAUGUGGUGACGAACAUUAAAGAUUCUACUUCAAGGGCACACAUGGAAAUCAGAGUAGCUGUAUCUCUUCUGCUGCUACCUCUGAGGAAUUCAUUUUGGCCAGUAUAAAAUAUGAAGUUAGCCGUACAAUAGCAAAUAAGUGCUUCUAGAAAUUUCGGGGUGGGCGGUGAAUUAUAUACCAUGCAGGCCUUGGGUGGGGAAAGAGUUUUUUUCUCUUUCUAGCACACUAAACAUACAGUUAAAAAAAAAGACACCGGUGUCUUUCAAUUCAGUUCUUCUUCUUUGUAGAAAAAGAAGCCGAGAUACACUCAAUCCACAUUUUACAUCUAGAAUGUUAAAUAUAUUUUUGUUCUGUAUUGUGUCCAGCUAAGUGUGGAAGGCAGAGAAGAGAAGGAGAAUCUAAGAAAGAAUGUAAGAUUGGGGUUUAUAAAGCUUGAGAGGCAAAGUUCAAGUACAUCAAUUAACCCCUUUUUUGUUAUCUUUUGUAUCUGCAAAGGAAGUAACAUUUCAUUUAAGCUGUUUCCAUCCAAGCUAAAAUUUAAGAGCAUAGAUAUUUUUGAAAUCCACCUUUCCUUUUUUGUUUUUGUUUUCCUGUAGAAAAAAAGCUCUUAAUGUUUUGCAAUAUAAUGAGGGUCACAAACCGUUAAAAAAUAAACACUUCAUUCAGUAGUAUCAUUUAUGGCCCUUUAGAUUUCCUGCUAAAGACUUAGCCCUGUGGUUUUGCCCAAUAAGAUACACAAACAGGGGUACAUGGGGGGCACUUGGGUGGUUCAGUCAGUUAAGCGUCCAACUUGGGCUCAGUUCGUGAGCUCACGGUUUGGGGGUUUAAGCCCUGCAUCAGGCUCUGUCCUGACAGCCUGGAGCCUGCUGCAGCUUCUGUGUCUCCCUCUCUUCUCUCUGCCCCUCCCCUGCUUGUGCUCUCUCUCUCUCUCUCUUUCAAAAAUAAAUAAACAUAAAAAAACAAAAACAAAAACGGGUGCCUGGGUGGCUCCUUCGGUUAAGUGUCCAACUCUUGAUUACAGCUCAGGUCAUGAUUUCACGGAUUCUUGGUACAGAGCCCAACAGGGCUCUGUGCUGACAGUGUGGAGCCUGCUCAGGAUUCUCUCUCUCCCUCUCCCUCGGCUCCUACCCUCCUUUCACUCUCUCUCCCUCAAACAACAACAACAACAAAGCAAAAAAAACCCAUAUACAACCAGCUUUUGAUGUUUGUCCUGUGAACCAAAGGCAACGAAGCCAGAGCAAAGUUGGCCACCUCCCAGUUUUUGUGACUAUAAAAAACCUGGCUGAAUUCGACACUUCUUUCGCUCCGUUGCUGCAGUCCAGAUUUCAGAUGACCUUGAGGGACCACCGUCCGGUAAAUACAUCCUGACGUGGGUUGUUCGUUCUUUCCCCCCCACCCCCCCGAAACUAAGGGGCUCCGCUUAAGUUACUGGUUGAAAGGAUUAUCAACAGGUGGUUGACAAACUGAUGUUCACGCCCAGCAUUUCCAUCCAGACCUUUACUCUCAAAGGUGGUGACCACAGUGUUUGCACUUGGAGGCCAAGCGCUGGGCCUGUGGAGGAAGCUGUCAGUUGUGCCACGUUCUGCCGGCACCCCCACCACAUCCCCUUUGGAUGAGGGGCGUCCUGCUUUCCUGCACCGAGACCGUGUUAACCCUCUGAGCCCCUGAGCACUGGUAGAGGCCCUCGUUGAGGCUCUUGUGCGCUCCCACUGCUGUAGAGUCCUCGGUGCUGCUUUGCUUGUGAUGUGGUCCUUAGGGAUGGCUUUGCCAAGCAGGGACACUCGAACGGGUCACUGCAGCUUUGUACUGUCUGGAGAAGCAUUGCCCCUGAACAUACUGAAUGGAGGGGAAAAUUGUAUAGCGUCUGCCAUCCGUAGUUACAGAAGCUGGUUAGCUGAACGUGACUGAGCAGAACUGGCUACAUGUGUCUCCCUAGGUAUCUUUAUUUUUUUAUGAAUAAUAAUUGCAUACAUUUUUAAUGCAGAAAUCUAAACUUUUCAGAAGGCAUGUAAUACAGCAACGUUUGAAUAUUUGCCAAAAAUCCUAGUGGAAAAGCACAAAAAUGACAUAAUAUCAUCUAAAAGAUAAGGAAUUCUUUGGUUAUCAGUCUUUCGAAAGAUAAUGAGCAGGCGGAGGGGAAAAAAAAUAAAAACCUCUAACGAUUAACUAGAGUAACUAUGUUCCUGUCUUUCAAGAUCCAAGACAGGUGUAUGUCUUUAGGAACAAUAUAUAUACCAGACAGUGACAAAAAAGACCGUUGUCAGGGAGUGAAAAACAAAAAAUAAUUAGAAUGUCAGAAUGAAGGAAGCAAUGCAUGUGCUGUUUUAGAAAAAUAAAACUAGGGGCCCUAGGGUGGCUCAGUCGGUUAAGUGUCCAACUUUGGCUCAGGUCUUGAUCUCACGGUCUGUGAAUCCAAGCCCCACAUCAGGCUCUGUGCUGACAGCUCUGAGCCUGGAGUCUGCAUGGGAUUCUGUGUCUCCCUCUCUCCGCCCUUCCCCUGCUCAUGCUUUCUCUCUCUCUCUCUCUCUCUCUCUCUCUCUCUCUCUCAGAAAUAAACAUUAAAAAAAUUUUUAGAAAAACAAAACUAAACCACAGCAUACAGACUCAUUCCUGGUUUUCCCAAGAAACCAUUCCUCUUGUAGAGGUCCUGGUAACCAACAUUUGCAUACCAAAGUUGCUUUCUGUAGCCCUUUGACUUGCCUGUGUCAUAGGACCUUCAUGAUCGCAUUGCUGCAUAGAAAACCAUUAUUCCAUUUAACACAUGGGAAGUAAAGACUUACCCAAGAUUAAAUGACCUGCCAGGGUGACUUGAGUUUUUGAUGGCACAGCCCAGACCACAACUUGGAUCUUCUGACUUUGUCCCACCGAGCAACUAUUCUGUGCCAGUUAGGUAUGUUCCAGGGGCUGGAGGUAGAGCCGGAACAAGGUCUGUCUGGGAGACAGACAUAAACAAUCAAACAAAGUAACUGCUGCUGUGGUAAGUGCUUGGAAGAAAACAAGGAAUGCAAUAGUCAGGAGAAAGACUGGAGAAGGGUGAUCAGAGACAACCCAAGGAAAGGAUAUUUCUAUUCUAGCUUGAAGGCCAGAGGUGCCUGGGUGGCUUAGUUGGUUAAGCAUUCAACUUCGGCUCAGGUUGUGAUCUCGUGGUUUGUGGGUUCAAGCCCUGCAUCAGGCUCUGGGCUGACAGUUCAGAGCUUGGAGCCUGGAGCCUGCUUUGGAUUCUGUGUUUCCCCCUCUCUCUCUGCCCUCCCCCUGCUCACUCUCUUUCUCUCUCAAAAAUAAAUAAACAUUUUUUAAAAAUAGCUUGAAGGACAGAAGGGAGCCAGUAACCCCAGGAUCCAGAGAAAAAUUGUCUGAACUUGGGGACAGCAAGUGCAGGGGUCCUGAGGCAGGAGACUAGUGUUCUAGAAACUUUUUUUUUUUUAAGUUUAUUUAUUUAGUUUGAGAGAGAGAGUACAUGCAUGUGGGGGAGGGGCAAAGGGAGAAAGAAUCCCAAGCAGGCUCCACACUGUCAGUGCCGAGCUGGAAGCAGGGCUCUGUUUUGCUAACCAAAACUUAGAAGGCAAGUGUUGCUUAGAGUAGAAUGAGCAAGAAAAGCAGAAUAGGAUGAAGUUGGAGAGGAAGGUAGGGACAGGAACUGGCUAGGCCUUGGGGCCAUAGAAAGGAUUUCUGAUUUUAUUCUAAGUGCAACAGAAAUCCCAGUGAAGGGUUUUAAGUGUAGGGAGUGGGACUAGGGAGCAGGAGUGGUCUGAUUUAUGAAUUUAAACGAUCAUUUUGGCAACAGUACAGAGGAUGGAUUAGAGGGACUUUCGAGGGAGGCUAGUGAGGAAGUUAUUUCCUUUAGAGGCAAGAGUGGAUGGUAACUUGGCCUACGGUGGAGUGGAAAGGUGUGGAUGGAUUCAAAACACGUUUAGAACCAACAGGGUUCUCCUCCAAGAGAUUGGAGAGGCGGCUGGCCUUGUGGUUGACAGUGUAAGCUUGGAAAUUGGGCCAGAGUUGAAAGUCCUGGCUCCUCUACAUACUAGCUAUUUAUCCUCUGUGACUCAGUUUCCUAAUCUGAAAAAUGAGGAUAUUGAUAGGGGGGAUAAAGAAUGAGUAAUAGGGAUAAUAAACCUCAUAGGCUUAUUGAAGGGAAUAAAGAACACAAAUAGUAUUAGUGCUCAGUGUAGCCCAUUAGGAAAUGACAGGUAUGUGUCCACCGAAUCUGGUAGCAUGACAAUUUUUGUUGACUUUGACCAACAGACUCGAGGGGGCAGUGGAGCCAGGCUGGACUGAGUACCACAAUGAGGGUUCUGGAUACUGGGGAACAGAAGUCCCCCCUCUGUCCAGUCCUUUGAGGGAGAGCAGUUGGAUGUAUAAACAUGUAUGUGGGGCGCCUGGGUGGCUCAGUCGGUUGAGCAUCCGACUUCAGCUCAGGUCAUGAUCUCACACUCCGUGAGUUCGAGCCCCACGUCGGGCUCUGUGCUGACAGCUCGGAGCCUGGAGCCUGCUUUGGAUUCUGUGUCUUCCUCUCUCUCUGCCCCUCCCCUGCUCAUGCUCUGUCUCUCUCUGUCUCAAAAAUAAAUAAAAACAUAAAAAAAUAAAUAAAAAAACCCAUGUAUGUAAUGGAGGAAACAUAUUCUUGGCAUCCCAAGAGUGAAACAGUGUUAAAUGACAGCUAGGACCCUGUUUUCUCAUCUAGAGAAGGAGGACUUUGGACUCAAUUACCAUUAAAGUCCUUUGUCAGUUUUAGGAUUUUGCUUCUAGGCUUCUUCAGGAAUUAUGGGAUAAUAAUUAAGCUUUGGUGAAGAAGGCCCAGAAAAGUAAAUUCUAUUAUUGAAUUUUUUUUUUCCUACAGAAAAGUAUGUUGACCUCAGUUAGAAAUUAUUUACUUUCGAACAAUUUAUAGACACAGUUCAGGAUAGGACUUAAUCACAGUAUAUUGUGAAAUGAAAAAAAACAGAUAAGACAGUAUCUGUAUAGUGAAACUUCUUGUUAAACAAAAGCAAGUCCACAAAGGUGUCGUUAUUGAAAAUGCUCUGGAAGGACAGAAGGUCCACAGAAUGCUUUUGCCGGGUGAUGGGUUACUGGUGAGCCUUAGUUGCUUCCUUAUACUUUAUGGACUUGUUCAUUUUUUUUUUUAAAUGGAAGUGUUUACUUUUGUAAACGGAGAAUGGAAAAGCGUUUCUUUUUCCUUUUUGAGAUUAUAACCUGUUAUUAGUGGAGGAAUUGUCCUCCGUUUGUAUUGUCUUUCUGGACCAAUCAGGCCAUUCUUAUGUUUUGUAUGCUCACUGUUUAUCUACUCACAGUCAGAUCAUUAUUUGCUUUGCCGUCUUCUAGAACAAUGAGAAUGUAAGGUCAUCUGGGGAAGAAACUGGCCUUUCUGCUUUUUUUUUUUUAACUUGUUUUAUUUUUUAUUUUUUUUAAUUUACAUCCAAAUUAGUUAGCAUAUAGUGCAACAAUGAUUUCAGGAGUAGAUUCCUUAGUGCCCCUUAUCUAUUUAGCCCAUCCCACCCUCCCACAACCUCUCCAGUAACCCUCAAUUUGUUCUCCAUAUUUGUGAGUCUCUUCUGUUUUGUCCCCCUCCCUGUUUUUAUAUUAUUUUUGUUUCCCUUCCCUUAUGUUCAUCUGUUUUGUCUCUUAAAGUCCUCAUAUGAGUGAAGUCAUAUGAUGUUUGUCUUUCUCUAAUUUCACUUAGCAUAAUACCCUCCACGUAGUUGCAUCCACGUAGUUACAAAUGGCAAGACUGCAUUCUUUCUAAUUGCUGAGUAAUACUCCAUUGUAUAUAUAUACCACAUUUUCUUUAUGCAUUCAUCCAUCGAUGGACAUUUGGGCUCUUUCCAUACUUUGGCUAUUGUAGAUAGUGCUGCUAUAAACAUGGGGGUGCAUGUGUCCCUCCGAAACAGCACACCUGUAUCCCUUGGAUAAAUGCCUUGUAGGGCAAUUGCUGGGUCAUAGGGGAGUUCUAUUUUUAGUUUUUUGAGGAACCUCCAUACUGUUUUCCAGAGUGGCUGCACCAGCUUGUAUUGCCACCAACAAUGCAAAAGAGAUCCUCUUUCUCCACAUCCUCACCAACAUCUGUUGCUGCCUGAGUUGUUUAUUUUAGCCAUUCUGACUGGUGUGAGGUAGUCUCUCAUUGUGGCUUUAAUUUGUAUUUCCCUGAUGAUGAGUGAUGUUGAGCAUUUUUUCAUGUGUCAGUUGGCCAUCUGGAUGUCUUCUUUGGAGAACUGUCUGUUCAUGUCUUUUGCCCAUUUCUUCCCUGGAUUAUUUGUUUUUUGGGUGUUAUGUUUGAUAAGUUCUUUAUAGAUUUUGGAUACUAACCCUUUAUCUGAUAUGUCAUUUGCAAACAUCUUCUCCCAUUCUGUCAGUUGCCUUUUCGUUUUGCUGAUUGUUUCCUUUGCUGUACAGAAGCUUUUGAUUCUGAUGAGGUCUCAGUAGUUAAUUUUUGCUUUUGUUUCCCUUGCCUCUGGAGACAUAUUGAGUAAGAAGUUGUGGCCUUUCUGCUUCUUUAGGAACUCGUAGGGUGCUGUGGGGGUGUUGAGGAAAUGCAUCCCGGCUGAGUCAUCCUCCCACGAAUGGUCUUACUUGAAAACUUUCUCUCGGUUUGGUGAUGAGCAUGUCAUCAAGGGGAGAAUCAAUGACCUUAUUGAAAUCAAGGAGCUGCAGUAGAAGGACCUUAGCUUAUUCAACUACAUCAGGACUUUUUUUUUCUUUUUUUAAUGAAUUCAUCUUCAUAUCAGUGUACUUAAGUGACGAUUCUUCUUUGGAAAACUUUAGGAAGAAACAAAAUCCUGAUAUUUCUAAAUCAAUAAAGUCUUCAAAUCCUAUUUUUCAUACUAACAUGUAUGGAUAUUACGUUUAAGAAUUCGAAGGUGGCCCACAGAGGGAAUAUUCUUCAUGUGGAGAGAAAGCUUUUUAAACUAGGUACUAAUUCUCAGAGAGCCUGAACUCUCAGUGACUGACUGGUCACUAUGAGAACAAGUAAAUCGGUAAGUAGUCGGUGACGGGAUGUGAGACAAGAAUAACUGCCGUCAGAGUUCCGUAGGAUGAGCUGGCUUUCUUUUCCUUCGAUGGAUUCCAUGGCUGGAAGACUGACUACUCUCAUCAGUAGCACCUGGCUUGCCGCUGCCUCUGCCUGCAGGAAUAAAAUGAGCUCCUCCCCCAGUGUCCUUGCAGGCUGAUUCUCCAGGUAUAUAAUCCCUUAAACUGGGCAGAAGGUCUCAGGACUUGGCGAUUUUAUGUUCAUCCCUGUUUCAGUUUUAGGACGGAUCAGUAAGACAUAGUAAUGAGAAAUUUCAGUCGAAGACUAAAACCAUUGUGGAAACCUUUAUGUUUUUAAAGGCGGUAUUACCGAGAAGGUUAAGAGUACCUCUCUGGAGCAAGAGUCUCUGCGUUCAAGUUCCACGUGACGGGGAUCCUAGCUCACCUUGGGGGACUUUCUUAAUUACCACAUGUUUCAGUCUCCUGUCUUGUAAAGAACCAUAAAAGUAGUCCCUACCUCACUGACCCAAUGAGGGGAUUGCGUACAUGCAGAGGGCUCAGAACAUGGCCCCAGAUAACACCUCUUUGUUCAGUGACUCUUCAUUAAUAAUAAUGAUGGUAUUAAAUUAGUAAGGGGCACUAGAUGGAGGCAUUCAGGCAUUAAUUCAAAAACAUUGCAUUUGUAUCAGAACUUUGGGGGGAAAUAGAAAAUAGAUUUGAAAAAAUAGGACAGUAAGCCAUAGGUCUUGGGCAGGAUCUUUAAAGAAGUCAGGAGGAGGAGGGUAGCUUAGGCCAGGUGAAGAUGUUGGUGAAGAUGAAGCCACAGCCCGCAUUGGCCAAGUCACUGUCAGGACUGUGUUAAAGGGUUUUGCACGCGUUACCCCACUUACCUCAAAAUCCCACAGGUAGUUGCUAGUAUUAACGUACUUCUACUGAUGUGGACACAGAGAUGUGGAGACGUUGAGCAACUUGUCCAGGGUCCAGGCGGUCGGUAGGCUGUUCCUGAGCUGAAAGGGGGUCUCCUCUGAGCUGAAGUCCUGGCUGUGUGGCCGGAGGGUGAAACGUGUAUCGCAGGACCCUGCGUGGCUUCUGCUUUUUCCAGCUCAGCCCCUGAGCGAGGGCUUAGCUGUCGGCUGCUCCCUUACGAUGUUUCUACCUCCUACUUUGGCCAGAAAAGAGAAGGUCAACACUGUCUGCAUUUCCGCGCAUUCUGUGUAACGUACUAGAAAACCUAGAAAACUAGGAAAAGGUUUGGAGUCAGGCAAGCUGCACACCUCUGUGGGGUAACCCCGUUCACAUGUCGGGUCUCCUGACCCCUCGCAGCUGCUCCCCGCAAUUCAGGAGGGGAUUUGUCGUUCCCGUUUUGAGAUAAGAAAACUGGGCUUCAGAGGUGAAUUCGUUGGAUUCAGCGUCCCUCCAGGGAUUCAAGCCCGGCUCUGGGGCAUCGCAUCGUGAAGCCCGCAUACUUUUUCUUCUCUCCCAAGUGCCCCCCUCUUGGACAGUCCUGGGUUUUGAAACUGCUGACUUAAGGAGAGUCCGUGGACCAGCUGCUAAUGGCUGUGGCCACUUAGCCCUGACUACAGUUCUAACCACUUAGCUGAGUUCACUUUGUGUGUGCCUGCUGUUUCUUUUAAGACUGUAAUCAGCCCCUGGAAGGACUGGGAAUAGAAGAUGGUUUGGGGGAAAGGCUUCAUUCAGCAUCUUUGUUGGGCUUUUAUUGAAUUAUCCAAACAGCUUGUUUCCGCUUCGCUACAGCGAUAUCAUGUCCUUUCCAGCCCUGUCUUCAUCGCUAGGAACUGGUACCUAUGUGACAGUGAACUUGGCAGCGGGCUGGGCUUCCUUAUUUGCCUGGGCAGAAUGAAGACAUUCAAAUGCUGUUUUAAAUACCCAGCACAGCAGAAAGUUUUCGUCUUAUUUUUAACUCUAUGGCUGUUCUCCCUGUUGAAGCUUCUAAAUGUGAGGAGACUCCUCUUCCCUCAAAGAGGCAUUUACUUGGUUGAAUACUCCCUGAGUACCUCACCUUUUGUAAGAAACAGAUACACCAAUGUUAAGAAUGAAAUCAGGUAUGAAGUUAACUGUUCAGGUGUCUAUGAACAGGCACCUUUGGAAAUUGGCAAGAGUCUGGAAAUAAGAAGGAGAGAAAUCAUCGACUUGGAUGAUGAGGAUGUCGUGGCAAUAACCAGUGAUUGUGACAUUUAUCAGACCCUAAGAAGGUACCAUCAAAAGCCUGUUUCAAGGGAGGAGAGAAGCUUCCCGAUAGCCUAUUCUUUGGUUGUUCAUAAAGACGCAAUUAUGGUUGAAAGACUAAUCCAUGCUAUAUACAACGAGCACAAUAUUUACUGCAUCCAUUAUGACUAUAAGUCACCUGAUACCUUCAAAGUUGCCAUGAACAAUUUAGCUAAGUGCUUCUCCAAUGUUUUCAUUGCCUCCAAAAUAGAGACAGUACAAUAUGCCCACAUUUCCAGACUCCAAGCUGAUUUAAAUUGCUUGUCAGACCUCCUCAAGUCUUCGGUUCAGUGGAAAUAUGUUAUCAAUCUGUGUGGGCAAGAUUUUCCUUUGAAGUCAAACUUCGAAUUAGUGUCAGAGCUGAAGAAGCUCAAUGGGGCAAAUAUGUUAGAAACGGUAAAACCCCCUAACAGUAAAAUGGAAAGAUUCACUUACCACCAUGAACUAAGACAGGUGCCUUAUGAAUAUGUGAAGCUACCAAUAAGGACAAACAUCUCCAAGGAAGCCCCCCCUCAUAACAUUGAGAUAUUUGUUGGAAGUGCUUAUUUUGUUUUAAGUCGAGCGUUUGUUAAAUAUAUUUUCAACAACUCCCUUGUUAAGGACUUUUUUGCCUGGUCUAAAGAUACGUACUCACCUGAUGAACAUUUUUGGGCUACCUUAAUUCGGGUACCAGGAAUACCUGGGGAGAUUUCUAGGUCAGCCCAGGACGUGUCUGACUUACAGAGUAAGACCCGCCUUGUCAAAUGGAAUUAUCAUGAAGGCCUUUUGUAUCCCCGUUGUACUGGCUCCCACCUUCGAAGUGUGUGUAUCUACGGAGCAGCGGAAUUAAGGUGGCUUAUAAAUGAUGGACAUUGGUUUGCUAAUAAAUUUGAUUCUAAGGUGGACCCUGUCUUGAUUAAAUGCCUGGCAGAAAAGCUUGAAGAACAGCAGAGAGAAUGGAUUACUUUGUCUUCAAAAAAGUUAUUCAUGGCUAAAAGUCCCAUAAUCACAUCAUGAUAAAAUCAGGACAGAAAGAAGCUAUCUGAUAAAUGGAGCUAAUAUGGAACUGUGUGCUAUACUAUGCCCACUACCACGUGAGCUUAACCUUCUCAUAGUUGGAGAGGUGUCCAAAAUUCCACACAUAAGGCAAAGUGACCUAGGCUUUGAUGACAAUACGACUGCACGUGGUCGGGUGAUCUUUAUGUUUGUUUUUCCUUGUAAUCUUAUGGAGGUAAAUCAGAGAUCGAGUCAUAUGAUGCCCUCAAGGCUUACCCUAAUCACACUUAAUACUUUAAGUUUUCCACACAGCCAUCAGGAUUCUACCGAAAAGGUGUUGGCGUGUGCGAUAAUCACAUAACUUUUUAAACCACCAGUUUCAGAGUACUGUUGAAGUGUAGUGACCAACUCUCCUCUUGUCUCUUAAUUCAGCUCCCUAGACUUUUCUUAACCUUUAGAAUAUUACACGGAGAGGGGUGCCUGGGUAGCUCAGUGGGUUGAGCGUCUGACUUUGGCUCAGGUCAAGAUCUCAUGGUUGGUUCAUGGGUUUGAACCCCUCUGUCAGUGCAGAGCCUGCUUGGGAUUCUCUCUCUCCCUCCCUCUGUCUCCCUGUCUCUCUGCCCCCUGCCCUGCUCAUGCUCUCUCUCUCAAAAAUAAAAAAUUAAAAUUAAAAAAAAAAAGAAUAUUAGAAGGAGAAACCACUACCUCAGGAAAGCUCAAAGAAUGUCCAGUUUCUUGUUUGCCAAAGCAUAAUUUACCUAUUAGUGCCUCACUCUUUCAAUUCGGAGUCUACAAGACUCGGUCAGUGGGGCAUUUAUAGUGUAUGAAUGUUGGGGAGGUUGGGUGGGGGGGAGGGGAUUGGGACAGGUGGUGCCUGAAGAGAAACAAGGGGAUUUGCAGGAUUUUUGCAUCAUCGUACACAACAAUUUCAUGAAUGGUCUCCUUUUUUUAGUUCAAUUAUUUCUUUAAAACACAUUUAUUGAUGAAAAACAAGAACUUGGUUAGUAGUUCUAAAUGUCACACUCCUGAACGUUAAACCUAAGUCUUCUAGUUCAUAGAUUAUCAUUAAAAGUAUGGUUUUUUUUUUACAGUGGAAUUGUUAUAGUUUUGUUUUAUGGAACCAUUAAGCUAAGAGCCACUGAAUUUUCUCAAAAAGAUUGUAUAAAAUAUGACAGCUUUCUAAAUCAACUAUUAUGGUCAUUUAAAAUUCUUGCUUACAUCUCCAAUAACUAUCCAAAUAGAAUCUAGACUUAAAAUGAUAAAACCUCUAAGUUCACUGAAGUCUUCUCAGCUUAGAUACAGAGAGAGAAAACGUUAAUUUUCUUACGGACAUAGCAAGAAUUUUCACUAAUGGUAUUUUGUAAAACCUACUCCUUAGAAAACUACCACAACGAAUCAAAUAUACAUCUAUCUCAAUGUAGCUAUGUUGUGCUUGAGUUGAAAUGGGACAGGAGCAGAGUCCUGAGAACAGGCUGUAAUAUUUUUACGUCUCUUGGGAAAUCAUGGAGCUCAUGUAAAAAUUUCUUCCUGAUCUUAUGUUUCAAUGUCGGCCGCAGAAUCUAUGUAUUUAAAUAUUUUCUAAAAUGUCUGUGUUCUCCAUGUGAAAUGCACUUUGCUUGUUUUCAGGUAUAUGAUACUGACUGCCAAGCGGGAUCACUAUUCUCUUUCUUCUUCUCUGAACUCAUUUUUCUUCCCCCCCCCCACUCCAAAUUACUUCAUUCUUCAGAAAACUGUGACCAAGCCCCUGUUCCUAAAAAUAAGUCACCCUUGGACAGAGCUAAGUUCUGCAGAAGAUACUUAACCAUUUAUUAGCGUGUGUGACUGUGACAAGCUAAGUCACUUUCUAUGAGCCUCAGGUUUCCUGAUCUUUAAAGUGAACACUUGGAUGCUUACCCUGGCUUCCUCACACGUGUGUGUGUGUGUGUGUGUGUGUGUGUGUGUGUGAAUCAACUGAAAUAUGUGAACUGGUUUGAAAAUGGAGACAAACUAUUGACAAUAAAUAUCAGAGAGUAGUCUUAUUACAAGGCAAAACAAAGAUCCAACCCCAUUGUGAAACUUAACCCUUUACCUUUUCUGGAAAACCUCUGAAAUAUAAAAGAAGCCACAUUUGCAGGAGCAACUUCUGUAAAUGAAUCCAGGUACAAAGAAACCCCUGUCACCACAUCUGGGGUUCUUUUUAAGCCAAUAUGAUUAGCAGAUUGAUCCCGUGUCUUGGAUAGAGGUUAGGGGUAGAAAUGUUUUUCCUACCUUCUAGUCUUAAAUACACAAGUUCUCACAGACAGCUUGGUUUUUAUGGCUUUGGUCAUCAGAAUAAAUGUAAAGGCUGAAAACUCGAUCUCCUUGUCCCGUGUCUUGCCUCUUGGUGACAAAUGAUUCUAUCGCCUGUUUAUUGGGAAAUUUUCCAGUUGUUAAUCACUUUCACACCAUAUCCACAUGAAACAUGCCACCACAAAGAGAUGACAGCACCUUGUUUUCCCCAGUGACACAUUUCCCAUGAUUCAGUUCAACAUUUCAGGGGGCUUGUCUGGUCAUCUCUUUUGCCUUGGGAAUCCUACAGUUUCCUUAUAGACCUUCAAACCUCCUUCAGACCUGACUCUCCCCUAAAACCUUUUGGUAUGAUUUUUCCUGCUCUAGAGAAUGUUCUGCAGUCUGUGUUUUAUAAUCAUUCUUUGCAUAGUAUUUAUUGAAUCUAGAUUCUAAGUUGUUUGGCAAUGAGACCAGGACUUGAAGUUUGUAAGUUGUAUUAGAUAUUAGAAAGAGCUACUAAAAUAUAUCUACAUUAUGUGAAUAAUCUACUCUAACAUUAUAAUAUUUAAAGAUCAAUGUUGCUGCUAUUUUUAAUGUUUUGGCUAUUCUAAGUAAAAAAAAAAAUAUAUAUAUAUAUGUAUAUGUGUGUAUAUAUAUAAUGUUUAAAUUUGCAGAGUUAAAUAUGAAGAUUUCUCUUGCCUUCCAGAAUGUGAAUAUUAUACAUACAUAUAUAUAUAUAUAUAUUUUUGACAUAUUUCCUGAAAACAAAAAGACAGUCUUCUUUGUGAAUGUAAAGUGAAUGUCCUAUGUGUAUGUUACAGCUGUUUGUGUUAUUGUUUUUUACCAUUUUUGAAAAGCAUAUUUCCCAUUCUGUGAGUUUUAAAUAGAUUGGUAUUGCAUUUUGGUAUUGUGCAGCUGGUAGAUGUUAAUUCUCUGGUAUUAUAAAAUAAAAAUGUGCUCCAAAAGCCGAA